AUGUUUUAUGAUGAUAGAGUUGUUUUAAUAGCUGAUCCUAAUCGUUUAAAUGGAGUAAAUCGAGAAGCAUUUGUUGAUCAACAAGAAUGGUCUUUAUAUGAACAUGUUGAUACUCAACAAAGAUUUAUUAAAGAGUUCAUUUUUGAAGAUAUUGAUGAAGAUGAAGAAAAUGAUGAAAAUAAUCAAUUGAACAAUACAAACGAUAAUGAAAAUAGAAAACAUUCGAUUUUAACAGUGACUUGUCACGCUGGUGAAAUUGAUACAUUAAAUGAAAAAUAUCAAGCACAUGCAUCGAUUGAAGCUCGUUGGCCAGUGGAAUUUAAUAAAUUAUCAUUAUAUCUUUCAACUGAUGAUCAAACACAUUUAACUGAUGGAAAACCUAUUUCACUUCUUAAUUAUGCACAAUCUAAUUGGCAUCCACAACUCUAUAUUGAAAAUACUUUUGGUGAUUUAAAAGAACAAAUAAGAUAUAGUGCUAAAAAAUCAAAAGAAGAUAAUCAAAUAUAUAUAUGUGAACAUCGUGAUAUCAAAGGUUUAUUUUGGGAAAAACUUGAAUUACAUCAUUUUCCAUCUGAUGUUCAAGAUUUAUCAAUUUCUAUUGCAUCAAUGUUUUAUGAUGAUAAAGUUGUUUUAAUAGCUGAUCCUAAUCGUUUAAGUGGAGUAAAUCGAGAAGCAUUUGUUGAUCAACAAGAAUGGUCUUUAUAUGAACAUGUUGAUACUCAACAAAGAUUUAUUAAAGAGUUCAUUUUUGAAGAUAUUGAUGAAAAUGAAGAAAAUGAUGAAAAUAAUCAAUUGAACAAUACAAACGAUAAUGAAAAUAGAAAACGUUCGAUUUUAACAGUAACUUGUCAUGCUGCUCGUCAUUCGAACUAUUUCUAUUGGAAUGGAUAUUGUCUUAUUUUAUUGAUAACUUUGGUAUCUUUUUGUAUAUUUUCCAUUCCACCACAUUCUACAGGAAAUCGAAUUCAAAUAUCAUGUACACUUCUAUUAACUUCAAUUACAUUUCGUUGGAUAGUAAAUCGAUCACUUCCGACUAUUUCAUAUUUAACAUCAAUGGAUAAGUAUGCAAUAAUGUGCAUAUUUAUCCUUAUUAUUCUUUGCAUAUGGCAUGCAAUGCUGGGUAGCCUCAUAUAUUUAUCAAUACCUGAUUUACGUGUAACACAAGAUAUGUGGCUUGCAUAUAUAGAUCAAUGGGUUUUUAUGAGUGCAAUUAGUAUUUUCAUUGUUAUUCAUAUUGUACUCUUAACAUGGCUUUAUUUAGUUCCACUCAAACAUCGUCGACAAAUG